AUGCCAUACGGCAAGUACGAUCGUUUCACCACACCUGAUUCGGCCAGUGAAACAUACUUCUACAGCGCUCAGCCCAUGUACUACUCCGGCUAUCCAGACCACUCUGUCGAGGUGCGUUUUGCAUGGUCCGACACGCAUGUCUUCCUUUUAGCAAUUGUCAACGACGACUUCCACCGCCACCCAGUCGGCGCGGGCGCCUUUGCUGGGGACGCUCUCCGUGUUGCCUUCCACGACAACCCAAAUGGUCCAGCACAGGCCGCCCAGGCUAUCUUUGACGUUGGCUUGACCUCAGGUGGAGCCGUCCAGGGCGACUACGGACUGUGCGACGCUGUCCGUGACGCCACGCUGGCAACAACCACAUACGAAUGCAGGUUCUCGCUUGCCCGCAUGUUUGGCCCCGGUGCCGACGUCACAACGAUUGGCGCGAGCAUCACUGUGUCAGACGCAGACGCUGACGAUUACCUCACCUCUAGUUCCGAUCCGCCUUUUGUCAUCGCGUGGUCCGGCUGGGCUCCGGACGCAAUCAUGAACGGCGCAGAGGACUCCUCAAAGAUGGGGCUCGUCAACUUCAAAUCUGGGGCAUGCACGAGCACGCCUGCACGCGUUUGGUUUCGCGAGCCGCGUCUGAAGAACCUGAAAUGCACCGAUUCAAAAUGCGCGGCAGAAUGCAGCGACAGCAACUACGUUCCAAGCAGUACCUUCGAAUGUGUGAGCGGCAUCUGGGUGGGCGACGUCACCUGCUGGCGCAACUUCAACGGGUACCACUCACAGUUUCAUUUCCUGCGCACGUAUGCUCCGUACGACGUGAACGCCAUCAACGUUCUCCUGAAGGAGAAUGAACAAAACGUUCCCAGCGGCGCCGUGCACCGCCGCGUGUUCUCCUGA